AAUCAUUUAUUUGUCUAUGCAAACGUCAAUCAAUAAUCAGUUGUUAGUAUUCAACUCUACGAUACGACUUCUAUAAUCCAUUAGAAGCAAGGGAUCAGUUCAAUACUGUUUUGUUAUUUUUCAAUAUGGUUUUCUAUUGUUCCCGAAUCUAUUAGUUGUGAACCCAGAGUAAUCAUAUAAUAUAUGUGAUCAAGUAUAAUUUGAAUAGAGUAUUAUUGCAGAAUGGAAGCAAAAGAAGGAGAUUGUGUAGAAAGCACCACUGCACCUGAGGAAGGAACUAAUGAGGUGCAAUCCCUUGAUAAUAAGGACAAAAGUGAUGAUCUUUUACCUCGAAGAGGAACCAGAUCCAGCGGAAGACAUGAACAUAGAAAUUUGACUAGUGAUAGACGUAGUCACGUAGGAGGAAAUGACAGUUUUGAUCAAUUUGGUAAAAGAGGAAAUCGAGAUUUCGACCGUGAACAAGGAUAUUUUGCUAGUAGGGGUAGAGAUUCUGGAAAUCGUCAAGAAGAUGUUGGGUGGAAUACUUCAAAUUACCUCUGUGAAAAAUUGUAUGAAAUAUCUGGACCUACUCACCAAUUACCUACAUUGGAUAUGAGUGAGAAAAAGUUCAAUGGAAGAAACAAAUUGUAUGUUGGAAACCUUCCAGCCAAUAUAACUGAAGAAGCUUUCAAAACCAUGUUUACUGAAUAUGGAGAGAUUUGUGAUGUUUUCGUGAAUUCAGAAAAACGUUUUGGUUUUUUGGUAUUUGAUUAUCAUAGAAAUGCUGCGAAAGCUAAACAGGAAUUAGAUGGCAAAUUUCUCAACAAUGACCGCCAGUUGAAAGUAAGAUUUUCAUCUAGAGGUGCAACCAUAAAAGUUUCUAAUUUAGCACCAACAGUUACAAAUGAACUUUUGCAUUAUGCAUUCAGUGUGUUUGGUGAAAUUGAAAAGGCAAUUGUAUUUAAAGAUGAGCAUGGUCAUUCUACUGGAGUUGGUGAGAUUGAUUUUGCAAGAAAAAAAAGUGCAGUACAAGCUGUCAAAGUAUGUACAGAAGGCUGCUUCUUCUUAACAAGUUCUCUAAGACCUUGUAUAGCAGAAUUUUUUGAACCUAACUUAGAUAAUGAUGGAUUCAGUGAAAAAUGUAUUGUUUGGAGAAAUAAUGAAUUUUUGAAGGAUCGAGAUAUGGGGCCUUGGCAAGCUAAGCCUAACUCUUUUGAACACCAAUUUGGGACUGAUUGGAAACAACUAAGGCAUCUCUUCAAAAAGAAAGAGGAAGCUUUAAAGAAAGAAUUGCUUAUUGAGGAAGAGAAAAUGAUGGCAAGAAUGGAGUUUGUCAAAUUUGAAUAUGAGACUGAAAUGCUCAAAAAACAACUCGAAGAAAGGGAACUGUACCGCCAGCAACAUAAAAUUAACUUGGAAAAGAAAGAGAGAUUGGCAGAUGAGAUGAUAUCUAAAAAUGAAUUGGAAAUAAGAAAGACCGAGGAACAGAUUAUGGCAAAAUUUGCUAGACAUGAAGAAGAAAUGUUACUGAAACAAAAAGAGAGUAUAUAUGGUCAAGAAGAGAGACCAUCCAUUAAUUUUUAUGAACCUCCCACUAAUCCAAGAUGGGCUGGUAAUCGUCACAGCUACUGGCAACAAGAAACUGUGCCGCAACCAAAUGAUGAAGAGGCUUCCCAAGGAUCUGCAGGUCGAAAUAAUUUUCUGGAAGAACCUGGACAAGUCUGGAAACGUUUAGAUAAGGACUGUGUGGCUGGAGAUGAUUUGUUUGAAAGAAGGGGAAAUCAAAUGACGACCGAUGGAGAAUAUCAACAAGGAUGGAAAAGAGCAUGUCCUGAGGAUUAUCAUUAUGCAAAGCGAAACCGUUAUUAAUUAUAUCAUGAAUUUAAUUUGUAUUCAUUAUAAGAGUUGCAAUUUG